UUUAUCAUGAAAUUUUAGUUAAUUAGAGCAUGCUUUUCUUGCCUUCUCUUCUACCCUACAAUUGAACUUUCUUUUAAGUUCAUUAUCUUUGAGCAUUUCCAUUAUUAGGAUGCAUAACUCAUGAUGCGAUAUUCUCUCUCUUUCGGUGACUUUUGAUCUAGCAUACAAUCGUGAUCAUGGUAAGGCCUUCGUGUUGUGACAAGAUCAAUAUGAGAAAAGGACCAUGGAACGAAGAGGGGGAUGGGCAUAUGCUCGCCUUUGUGAACAAACAAACAAGUAAUUGGCAAGUUGGGGCUCCAAGAAAACCAGGAUUAAGAAGAUGUGGGAAGAGUUGUCGGUUAAGGAAAACAAGCGUUACGAGAAAUGAUAACACUGGGCAUGAAAACUUUACGCCUCAAGAAGAGGAGUUAAUCAUCAAGCUUCAUUCCGCUAUAGGCAGCAGGUGGCCAAUUAUAGCCCAACAACUUCCUGGAAGGACAGAAAAUGAUGUGAAGAACUACUGGAACACUAAACUAAAGAAGAAGUUAUCAUCAAUGGGAAUUGAUCCAGUCACUCACAGGCCUUUCUCGCAAAUGCUUGCCGACUAUGGAAACAUAAGUGGACUCACAAGAACCCAAACUAGAAUGCAUUCACUUGGUAGGGACAUCAAGAACACGUUCUUUGUUUCGAGUGAUCAAGAAAUCCAACAUGUUCCUAUGGAAACAUUAAUGUUUCCUAGUUUCAACAACGAUGUUGUCAAAGUAGAACCGCCAGAAAUCGUCAAAACUGAUUCACUAGAUCUCCUAACUCAACUUCAAGCCAUCACACAUGUCAAGGACUCACCAACCAACCAAGAAAUCUCUUAUCCAUUCCAUGUUUCUAUAGCAUCAUCUUCAUCGUCUUCAUCAAGCACUUGUUCAACCUUGAAUGAAACAAAUCCAAAACAAACAUUUAAUUGGCGUGAGUUUCUAAUCGAAAAUGUGCAAGAUGGAAAUGCAAAUGAUGAAGAUCUCAACCUAGAAGUUGUUGGAGAGAUUGACAUAGUUCAAGGUAACAACAACACCAUGUCGAUGAAUGGUGUCAAAGAAACUAUGGAAGAAGCUUGUGACGGGUCAUUUGUCGAGACCAUGCUAAACGGGGAUCAUGACAUGCUCUUGGACUUCCCUGGACUUAUGGGUGAACCAUCUUAUUACUAAAAUUUGGUUCAAUUUGAUUUCCUAAUGUUAGAAUAAUGGUGUGCUGUUUUAAGGAAUAUGAGCCUUCUACAAAACCUUUUUGGAAAGCAAUAGUGAGUUAAUCAGUUUACUAUUAAGACAUAUUUAAGUGGAUUUUAUAUUAGAAAUAAUUGAACUUGUUAACAAUA